AUGAGCGUCACACUUCAGAAUCCGUCUCCAGCUCCGACCCUGACCCCCCACAGAGACAUGCAGAGUUAUUCUCUUCAACACUUGGACGCUCAGACCAGAGACAGACUGUUCCGCUGCCAACUCCGACUCCACAGACUCCCCCACACUGAGGAGAAGUGCUCUGGGCUGAAGCAGGAGAGCACAGGAGGUCCCCACGAGUCUGACCACCUAAAACAAACUAAACCCAAGCUUCACAAGUACCUUAAACGACAUCUGGAAACCUGCCCCAAACUCAUGAACCCUCGGGACGACCGCAAAACCCACAGUUGUCACUUCUGCGGGGAGAUGGUCAAGUCCUCAGAUCUCAAACAGCACUUUCUCUCUCACACUGGACAAGGGCCGUAUAAAUGUGACCACUGUGACCUGGCCUUUAUGGAGUCGGCCACGCUCAAACACCAUCGUCAAGAAUCAGGCCUGGACCCUAAAGCUAAAGUCAAGCGUCACAGUUGUCCGUACUGUGGCAAGUCCUUCCACAGAUCCACUGAUGUGAGGAGGCACAUUCGCAUCCACACAGGAGAGAAACCGUACCAGUGCGUGGCGUGUGGGAAGAGAUUCGUCGAUUCUGGAACUCUCAAUCGACACAGGAGGCAAAUUUGCAACAAUGAAAAGGCAAAAAGUAGUAAGACGUUUAAACAAUCGCCUGAAAUCCCCCGCAUUUGUCAGUUCUGCGGAAAAACCUUUGCAAGACAAGACAACGAGACAGAGCCAGACCAGAGAGACGGUUGUGACGAGUGCGGGCGGAGAUUUACUUUGUCAGUGACGCUACAGAGACACGACAGCGUCCACUCAGAGACGUGCUCUCCCAAGAUAAAAGGACAAAACAGCUGUGACAAGUGCGAGAAGUCCUUCACGAAACCACAUCUGCUCAGAAAGCACGAGCUCAGCCACACAGGAGAGAGUCUGUACAGAUGCAGUAGCCGUAGCUUAGCCUUCACCACAGCACACGGUCUUAAAGUGCACAAACGCAGCUGUGGGAAAAGCAUUUCUAAAGAUGAAGUUAUCCAGGAUCAGCGUCUGCAGGUUUCUCACCAACGUCUGUGCUCUCGCUCCGGGACUAAGCCGGUUCAGUGUGAGAAGUGUGGCGUGAUCUUUGCCAAACUCCAUCACCUUCAAAGACACAUGUGGAGCCACCAGGGACGUACGUCGUACCCAUGUGACCAGUGUGGGAAGGUGUUCAAUAACCGGUCCACUCUGCGGACUCACCACCUGGUCCACUCUGGCUCACACGCCUGCAAUCAGUGCGAGAGGAGUUUCACCACAGCAGAAAAGCUACAAGAACAUAAGAAUAUACAUGUUGGGCUCGUUACAUCUACACCUGUGCAGUCUGGAGACGUGUCGGACGGAGAAUCUGACGUAGAAGAAUUGUCCAAUGUCUGUGCUGCAGAAAUGGAAAUCUGGUGUGAAGUGUGUUCGGAAACCUUUAACACCAAAGACCACCCACCGACACUGAUGCCCCGCCAACAGGACGAUUUCGGGCGCCAAUCUAAGCCAAUGACCAGAGAAAUUGGUUGCCAGACUGAUCCAGUCAUUGCACGGCACGCAAGUGUCCAGGCCAACGUGAAGCCGAGCAGACGAAGCAAAGCUAUUCAAGCCCGAAGCGCUUACACAAGUGUCAGUUGUGGCACUGAGGACCUGAUGGAUAUCACUCUUCCUGACUGUCCCAGAGCAGCCUCUACACCUUUAAAAAGGAAAAGGUGUGAGGUGCCAGCGUCUGAUCCCAGCUUCCAUACAGAUGACAGUGUUAGCACUGUGAACUGCUCCAGCCUUCCCGAUGAAGUCCCUCCACACAAGGACAAAAAAUAUAUUGUCCAUGAGGACCACCUGCUGGAGCUUCAACCGAUGGUGAACAACAUCCCGGCUGGGAACCUACAGCUCUGUGCUGCUGUGCUGUUCACCGGCUCAUCAUUUAGCCAGAUUUCAAAGAAGCCAUCAACAGCUCCGACGGCGCAGGAGAGCACAGACGACUAUCUUUACAAAUGUCACUUCUGUGGGAAGAAAUCCAAGGCUGCGUCGGACCUGAAGAGACACAUCCGCACGCACACGGGAGAGCGACCGUACCGAUGUGAGGCCUGCGACGAGGGCUUCGCUCAGCUGGGGAACCUCAAACGCCACCUCCAGGCCUGCCACAACCCGGUCAGACCCCCAGCUAAAAACAAGACCUACAACUGUCAGUACUGUUCGAAAGUCUGCCCGUCCACGUUCAACCUGAAGAGGCACAUCCGCUCUCACACCGGGGAGAGGCUCUUCAAAUGUGACCGCUGUGGGAAAGCGUUCAUGCAGCUGGUGACUCUGCAGCAGCAUCUACAAGCCUGCCCCAAACUGCUGCGGCCUCGUGACCACUGCCAGGACUGCGGGAAAGAACUCGAAACAGAAUCUGAGCUCGCCCAGCACAUCUGCAGGACACGGCCCAGAGCCAAACGCAAAUCUCGCACUUGUCCGGUGUGUGGUAAAACCUUCGUGUCUCCGUACAAACUGCAGCUGCACAGUCGCAUCCACAGCAGAAAGCAGCUGUACCGGUGCGAGCCCUGCGACAAAGCCUUCAUUCAGGCCGGGACGCUGAAACGACAUCUGAAGGUCUGUCCCAAAGCGUUCACGUCUGCGGACAGAGACUCGGGCGAUGUUUUUGCCGUGGAGGUUGACGCGGAGAUCUCGUGUGAAGUGUGUUCGGAGACGUUUAACACCAAAGAUCAGUAUUAUGAACAUCUAAAAAGCCAUGAGAUUGAUCGGAUUGUGAUCUAG